CUACUCAGGAGGCUGAGGCAGGAGAAUUGCUUGAACCCAGAAGGCGGAGGCUGCAGUGAGCUGAGAUCGCGCCGCUGCACUCCAGCGUGGGCAACAGAGCGAGACUCCCGGCCAACUGAGUACAUUUCAACUAAUGCACAUCAAGGACUACCCAGCACACACCAGGCAGUGACCAUGACUCAUGGUUCCCAGUACAAAGAAAAGAGCACUUCCCUGCUGGGGCAGAGGCCAAGCCAGAGCCCUGGCCCCAUCACCUCUCUGCCCUGCUUGAGUCUGGAAUGGACCUCCCUGCCUGGAAGCUGCAUUGCCCUUGGUCCUGGGCCUGCCUGCCCCCUGGGGAACACAGGCAGCAGCCACAUUGGCAGUGAGGCCGUGGCAGCGUCGGCAGCAGAGGAUGCCCCAGGCCCUGGAGCGUGCAGAUGGCAGCUGGGCCUGGGUGGUGCUGCUGGCCACCAUGGUGACCCAGGGCCUCACCCUGGGCUUCCCCACGUGUAUCGGCAUCUUCUUCACUGAACUGCAAUGGGAGUUCCAGGCCAGCAACAGCGAGACCUCUUGGUUCCCCUCCAUCCUCACGGCUGUGCUCCACAUGGCAGGGCCCCUGUGCAGCAUCCUGGUGGGACGCUUCGGCUGCCGAGUGACCGUGAUGCUGGGGGGCGUGCUGGCCAGCCUGGGCAUGGUGGCCAGCUCCUUCUCUCACAACCUCAGCCAGCUCUACUUCACAGCAGGAUUCAUCACAGGCCUGGGCAUGUGCUUCAGCUUCCAGUCAAGCAUCACGGUGCUGGGCUUCUACUUUGUCCGCCGGCGGGUGCUGGCCAAUGCGCUGGCCUCGAUGGGCGUCUCCCUGGGCAUCACCCUCUGGCCGCUGCUCUCCCGCUACCUUCUGGAGAACCUGGGCUGGAGGGGUACCUUCCUUGUCUUCGGCGGAGUCUUUCUCCACUGCUGCAUCUGCGGGGCCAUCAUAAGGCCUGUGGCCACCAGUGUGGCCCCUGAGACCAAAGAAUGUCCCCCGCCACCUCCCGAGACACCUGCACUUGGCUGCCUGGCCGCAUGCGGCCGGACCAUCCAGCGCCACCUGGCCUUCGACAUCCUGCGGCACAACACAGGCUACUGCGUGUACAUACUGGGUGUGAUGUGGUCCGUCCUGGGCUUCCCACUGCCACAAGUCUUCCUGGUGCCAUAUGCCAUGUGGCACAGCGUGGACGAGCAGCAGGCAGCCCUCCUCAUCUCCAUCAUCGGCUUCAGCAACAUCUUCCUGAGGCCCCUAGCCGGGCUGAUGGCAGGACGGCCGGCCUUUGCUAGCCACCGCAAGUACCUGUUCAGCCUGGCACUUCUGCUCAAUGGGCUCACUAACCUGGUGUGUGCGGCAUCAGGUGACUUCUGGGUGCUCGUGGGCUACUGCCUGGCGUACAGCGUGUCCAUGAGUGGCAUCGGCGCCCUCAUCUUCCAGGUUCUCAUGGACAUCGUCCCCAUGGAUCAGUUCCCCAGAGCCCUGGGACUCUUCACUGUCCUGGAUGGCCUUGCUUUCCUCAUCUCCCCGCCACUGGCCGCUUCUUCCUCAUCUCAGCUGCCCUCUUCAUGGGUGGCAGCUUCUACGCCCUGCAGAAGAAGGAGCAAGGCAAGCAGGCUGUCGCGGCGGAUGCCCUGGAGCAGGAUCUUUUCUUGGAAGCCAAAGACGGUCCUGGGAAGCAACGGUCCCCUGAGAUCAUGUGCCAGUCUUCCCGCCAGCCACGUCCAGCUGGCGUCAAUAAGCAUCUUUGGGGAUGUCCUGCCUCCUCCAGGACCAGCCACGAGUGGCUCUUAUGGCCAAAGGCGGUACUGCAGGCCAAGCAAACGGCUCUGGGCUGGAAUAGCCCUACCUGAGUGCCUGUUUGACUCCGCCACUAUCUGCCAUGUGAGUUGGGCAAAUUGUUGACCACCUCUGAGCCUUGAAAAAGUAGGAGGUUACUUUGUUAGAGCAAAAUAAUAAAAUUUAAUUUUAAAAAAGAAAA